UUGUGGCUUUGGUUUGGUGGCACUAGCUACUAGCGAGCAAGGCUAGCAUGGGACGAGCAGCUAGGGUUCUUCGAGGAGGGAGUGCAAUGCCGGGUUUGUCGAUCGACGUAGCCAGCUGGGAGCUGUGAUCGUGAGCGGCGCAUUCGCCAUUCGUCUUUCCAUGGGACUGGAGUUGUGGCGCCUUCGUCUAUCGGUGGAUUCGGCAUCCAGAUUGUGGCUGGCGCCACCGGGGAAUCAAAAUUUCGAGCUCAGGCACGGGGAUUACGAUCCUUGGAGGCGAUGUCGAAGAAAUUCCAGGCGAUUUAUUUGCUGCCGAGCGAGGAAGAGUCAAUUCGAGGGUGGCAGCAAGGAUUUGCGAGGCGGCGGCAUCGAAAUCCCGAGUUCUCUCCAGAUUCUCAAGAGGAGAAACCGACAAAAGAGCCAGAUACCUGGUCCCGGGGAGCUCGAUGGCGGUAAUCUGGUGUCGAGCUCGAUCAAGAAGGCGUUUUCAUCCAUGGUCUUCAUGCUCAAAUCGAUGCACCGGUUCACUCUGGAGAUGCUGUGCUGCGAUGAGAAUUCCGUGCUCAACGAAGUGUGGAGCUUGGUCCAGCGAGAGAUGCACUCCUCGUUCCUGUGGCUGUUCCAGCAGGUAUUUUCCUCCACACCAAAGCUCAUGGUCUCGAUCAUGAUCCUCCUCGCGAACUUCACAGUCUACUCCAUGGACAGCUCCAUCGCAAUUCACUCACCAAUUGUGCCAAGCACAGCGCUGGAUCGCCCAGCUGCUCCAGCAGCAACAGUGAUGUGGAGCUCUCCAGCUACAGAAGUUCCGGGGUAUCUAAACUUUUUUGACGAGGCUGCAAUCGAGAGUAGCGGAGGAUCAAAAGAUGGCGGAGGAAAGCUUAGAACUCUUAUAGCCGGGGGAACUGAUGGGGGGGAUGAGUUUCCUCUCUCCCGGCGGGGGAGAACCACGAUGAUGAGAGACGAUCAACUGGCAGCACCAGGGAAUCUUAGCAGGAACCAGCAGCUAGCAGUGAUGAAAUUCCUCCAGCAAGUUCCAGUUCCAGCGAAAGUUACCAAGGAAUCGCUGGUUGCUCCAGUGAGCGCAAAGCUGGAGCCCGACAACUACGAGUGCUUCGACCGGACGGACCUUCUCUACCAGCAGGCAUUGGGCGAGGACCGAAAGAAUCCACUGAUUCUAGCCAACUACGCGCAGUUCUUGUACGUUGUUCGCCACGAUCACGACAGAGCUGAGACGCUGUUUCGAUUGGCGAUGGAGGCCGAUCCCUCCGACGGUGAAUCGCUCAGCCGAUUCGCGAGCUUCUUGUGGCUCGCUCGAGGUGACAAGCAGGGCGCGGAGGAUGCGUACAAAAAUGCCAUCGCGUCCGACCCCGCGAAUCCAUUCCACUUUGGAAGCUACGCACACUUCCUGUGGCACAGUGAGAGUUGAUGUGCCAUGAUAAUGUUGAUAUAUAUACACCGUUGAUCU